AUGCAGGACUCGAUGGAAAUCGUCACCUCGGCCGUAAGCGGUCUACCUACGACCGUGAUCGCGCCGGGCGGGGAUGCCACUCUGAUUUUCUCAAGCAGGCAGUACCGCAUGCUCUUCCUGUGCUCCUCUGAAAGCUUAAUAUCAACCUGCGGCCACUUCCGCAAGAAGCUCGCCGAAGGUGGACAGCCUCACACGGAGCUUAUGCGGGACAAAAAGGUUUAUCUGACCAUCAACGAAUUCGAUCCAAGAGCUGUUGAAAUCAUCCUUAACCUCAUCCAUGGCCGAAUCAGGAACAUCCCACAAAACCCAGCCCUACUCUUACUGAAAGACCUCGCUCGAUUCUGUGACUAUCUGCAAUGUUUGCCCUCCGUGGAGCCCUUCACGACCUCUUGGAUGGAGAAACACAAGACCUCGGUACUUGCAUCCUCAGUCCUCAAUGCGAAUACAAAGACAUGGUUGUUCAUCUCUUUGACCUUCCGGCACCAACAAAUCUUCCGACACACCACAGCAAUUCUACAGCAGCGUUUGGCAGACCGAAUGGAUUUAACCAGAACUGCGCCACUCAUUCCGAAGGAAACUAUCAGAAACAUCAACACAACCAGAGAACACUACCUCAACAAACUGUCAACCCUCCUCUACAACCAUCAUAAACGACUUUCGAGAGGGCCCCCUAUUUGUACCUCCAAAUGCGAUAAAUCCUAUUCGAACAUGAUGAUUCAGAUCUCGGCAAGCGGCUUGCUACCGUUUUUCGAGCAACCAAAUCCACGAUGCACAGGCGGCGACAGCUUUCUCCAUACCGAUCGCGACUGUCCUCAUAACAGAGGGAUCUUCUGCCCAAACUAUCAGAACCCAUUGGGCAUGGAUGUGGAGAACCAUCUCAAGCAAUUCACGGCUCUUCUUUGCGGUGUCAACUUGCCGAAUCAAGAGUAA